GCGUGGAUCCGCUUUAGAGCACCGGGUCGUUUCACGGGCUUCCAGUAGGCGACACUGCCAGACGACGUUGCGGCAAUGCUGUGGCGCGGCUUGCCUGCUGCUCCUAGGCCUGCUCGCGGCCUGGAAUUCGCGAUAUUCACUCGAGCUUUCGAUGCAGCAUUUUACGAAUUCGAAAGCCAUGGUGCAUCCAUCCCUGCCCUUUGAAAGGAUCCCAGGACCUCUCCGCAGAAUCCAACAGUGCUCUAUCAGCACCCUGCGUAGAGAUACCGGCUUGGAUUUCUUGCACGGAGCAGAGUCUCUCGACCUGUCUGAGUUCGUGAGCCGUAGAGACAGCCUGGCCCAAGCGUUGCAUGAUGAAGAUAUCGACGCCUUUGCUGUUGAGCCUGGAUAUACUUUUUCCUAUUAUGCCAACGUGACCCAGCAACAAUGGGAAGUAUGGGAGCCUGAGGAGCGUCCUUUCAUCAUGAUAGUGAGACCACACCAGACAGCGCUCGGCCAUAUUGUCGCGAACACAAGCUUUUUAGUUCCUGCAUUCGAAGCCGAGCGUGCACGUUUGUUGAAGAUGCCGUUCUCACGAGAUAUCGAUCUGAUCACGUAUGAAGAACAUUGGAAUCCGUACACGACCUUGCGCUCAUCGUACGCCUUCGGAUCUUAUGGUGAGUCGACGCCGAAGGUCAUGGUUGAUGAGGAAAUGCGAGACUUCAUUUCUCGCGGGCUGAUGCAGCAUGGAUUCGAUGUCAAGGGACUAGGAGGUGCCGUGGAGCGUGUCAGGCAGAUCAAGUCAGCAGCUGAGAUACGCAUCCUCCGCGCAGUCAACACGGGUACCGUGGAAGCCGUUCGAGCAGUAAGAAAAUGUCUGACUAAAGGGCUGAGCGAGACCGAAGUGGCGACAGUCCUUGACAACACUCUUCGAUCAGCGGGGCUCAAACCGUUCUUCGACAUCGUGCUAUUCGAUGAAAACGCGGCCAACCCGCACGGUGGCACCGAUGGCAUCAAAAAGCUGGACAGAGAGACGAUGAUCCUGAUUGAUGUCGGCGCCCACCUCCACGGAUACAGCAGUGACAUUUGCAGGAGUUUCUUCCCUCCCUUCUUUACUAAACCGAAGAGCCAGCAGGACUGGGAUUCACUGGAGUCAGACGUGAAAGAAAAGGUACAUGUCUGGAACGUCGUUCUCGAUGCCCAAACCGCGUCCCUCCACGCUUUACACGAGAAUUCCACAUGUGCUUCGGUUGAUCUGGCUGCUCGAGGCGUUAUUGAGCAGGCAAGAUACGGAGCUGCAUUUACUCACAGAGUCGGGCACGGGAUAGGCAUCAAGGCUCAUGAAAGUCCUUAUCUUAACAAAGGCAACAACCAGACCAUAAUCAAGGCCGGUAUGACAUUUACGAGCGAACCAGGCAUAUAUCUGGUGGAUAAAUUCGGCAUAAGACACGAAGAUGUGCUACUCGUGCAAGAACAUGGGCUUCCUGAGCUACUUACUGGAAGACGAGCGACUAGUCCUUGGGACCCUUGAGAGAUGGCGUAUCUGAAGCGAUGAAGCAGUGAAAGGGGCUGCGCCUUGGUCUGAUCGUCCGCCGCGACCGUGUUCAUGGACAUGUCUAGAAUCGGCGUUCGGCUGAUGACAGUUCUCACAACCAUUUGUUAGUAGUACGUAGCAAAUCUGGGUUGAGGGAUAUUCUAGUCUAUCUUGUCAGGCAACGGCCGGUCUCACAGUAUUUGAAGU